AUGGACAUCAAGCGGUGGCUGCAAGAGUCCGAGCGGAUCAACCGCAUCAUGGUUGUGAGGAAGCCAAAUGACAACCGGCAGAACAUGGUGACAGGCACAAGGGAGAGAGGACAAGCAACAAGCCACUGGAAUUGUGCUCCGAAGUGCACAAUCAAACCCGAUGACAAGCUGGUCCCGAGUAAAGGACAAGAUCGGGAGCUACCUUGGAAGGCCAUGGAAGGAGUUCUCAAGAACCAUUGUGAUGGAAUCGGAAAUAGGUGA